AUGCAAGCCAGAGUCCAAGAAAAUGGUGAUACCUCGGAUCCAUUCCAAGUGAGAAAUGGAGUGAAGCAGGGCUGCGUUCUUGCCCCGACUUUGUUCUCCAUCCUGUCUGCAGCAAUGCUGCUCGAUGCCUUCCACGAAUGCAACAGAGGAGUAUACAUCCGAUUUCGUACUGAUGGGAAACUUUUCAACCUGCAAAGACUCAAAGCUAAGACUAGAGUGUUCGAGGUCAUACUACGGGAUUUUCUAUUUUCUGAUGACUGUGCACUGGUUGCACACUCCCAUGAAGACAUGCAGUACAUAACAGAUUGCUUUGCAGUUGCCUGUAGACGAUUCGGAUUGACGAUCAGCCUCGGAAAAACCGAAGCCAUGUUCCAGCCCUCACCAUCACAGGCUGCCAAUGCACCACCACCUCCUUCCAUUAUCAUCAGUAAUACAGAGAUCAAGACUGUGGAUAAUUUCUGCUACCUGGGUAGCACCAUCAUGAGCAGUGAAUCCCUGGGCAGUGAGGUGAUGCUGCGCAUUGGAAAGGCGAGCGCAGCCUUCGGCCAGCUGACAAAGAGGCUUUGGCAAGACCGUGGAAUCCGCCUCUCCACUAAGAUUUCCGUGUACAGAGCUGUGGUCUUGAGCACACUUCUGUAUUGCUGCGAGACAUGGACCACCUAUCGCCGGCACAUCAAGCAACUAGAGCAAUUUCACCAACGAUGUCUGCAGAAGAUCUGUAACAUCAAGUGGCAGGACAGAGUGUCCAACCUUCAAAUCUUAGAGAAGUGUGACCUCCCAAGCAUUGAGUGCUUGAUCAUUAAGUGCCAACUGAGAUGGACAGGACACGUUAUCCGAAUGGAGGAUAGUAGAAUCCCGAAGAUGCUGCUGUAUGGACAGCUGAAAGAAGGACACCGCGACCAGGGAAGACCCUUCAAAAUGUACAAAGACACUCUGAAGGUGAAUCUCAAGAGGUGCAACUUUGACGUGAACUCCUGGGAAGCAACUGCUUCUGACAGAGCUCUUUGGACACACCAGCGUGCACAAGGCACAAAAGACUUCGAAGUCAACAGAUUAGCUGAAAUUAAGACAAAGAAGGAGAGGAGGAAACAGUGUUCCGCUUCUGUGGACUCCUUCCCCUGCAGCUUCUGUGACCGAUUGUGUGCAUCACGAAUUGGUCUUCAUUCCCAUAUGAGGACCCACCUCGGCAAUUGA